GAUCAACACAAUGCAUUGUCUGUUUCUGUCCCUGUGCGGUUUGUUCGGUCUGGUAGUGAUGACACAAGGCCGCUCCGUGGAAUCGAACACAAACAGUAACCACGAUUUACACCGGCUAAAACGACAUCUUAUAAAAGGCUUGUACCUGAAGCGAUCAGUGGCGGACAACAGGGUCGAGUCGUACUCCCCCCACGAACCCUUUGAACCCUCUCUCAGUGAAGACGACGUCCUCGGCGAGCAGCUCAUGGAAGAGUUUCUUACUUUUCUCACCCUCAAAGAUUCGGGAUUCCUCGAUAUGUGCUUUCAGAAGAAAUAGGAUUCAUCUGCCUGCUACUGUGGAGUUUCCAGGUCCAAUACAUUUAUAACAACUGUCACCACAGCCACGCCACACGAACAAGACGAGUCGAUGUUUAGCACGUCAACUCGGCAAUUCCAAUCAGACGACAUACCUGUUUUCAUAUGUACAAACAUUGCAUUUGAUUUUGAAAAUAUAAUAAAUAUAUUUUUUGAUCUUGGAAAGCC